AGAAGGUUCGUCUGAUCGUCGCCCCAGCUAUCCCAUCAUUGUGGUCGUACAAGGCUUGUACGGCACCUCAGACGGGCCAUUGUCCGAAGCGACGGCGGGCGCGGUGGAGCGCGCAAGGUUCAUAUCCCUCCAAGGCAAGGGCUCGCUACCUUCUCCACUUGUCCAUUGUCGCCUCACUCCCCACCAGACGCUUCUGCCCCUCAGAGCCCCACGAAUUCUGUCAAAGCUCGUCUCGCAGGGAUGGACGACUCUCUACACUGCAAUUGGCUCAAAUGCCGAAAGAGCUUAGUACUCGAAGGGAAGGCAGUAGUGACAACUUGCAGUCACAUCUUCUGUGUCUCUUGUGCAGAGAGUCUCUUCACCGCGGACAAGGCUUGUCCUGCUUGCAAGACUGUCUUGGAUCAGCCCGAUGACGUGGUCCUCAGCUCUCUGAACCCAUCGGUGGACUAUAGAACGUCAGUCCUCGCCGGGCUUGCUCCAGACGUCAUCAUCGACAUUGCAGGGCGCAGUCUAGGCUUUUGGACAUACCAACAGUCCCAAGAGAAGAUACUGUUCGCAGCGGUGACAGAGCGCAAUACUUUGCUGGAGAAGCGCAUACAGAGCAUCCUUGUAGAGGCCAACGGCGAGAUCAACCUGUUGCAGCAAAAGCUCGCGAACUUUGACAAAGAUCUUUCUGGAGAGCGUCGUCGAUCUCGCGAGCUACAGGAAGCACUCAGAGCAGCCACAAAGGAUUACGAGCGCCUCAAGCUGCGUCUGCAGCAGGACCAGAGACGCAAGAGCAGUGGCGGUGCUCAUACAGCGCCCGCUCCCACUAUGCCUCAGCAGGGUCUCGACAGUAGGAGCGCCGACUCGACAAACAACUUCUGGCAGAGCAACCCACGAGCUUUCAUUCCGCCUUCACCUACGAUGACGCCAAAGACGAUGAACGCAGGCGGUAUGGCACGCGAUGACAGCAGCACCAAUCCUCUCUUCAAUCAGACAUCGGUGCCCAGCUCUCAGCACGAUCGCUUCCGCCCUGCUCUCGGUAAGAGUGGUGCUGGCGAACAAGGCAUCAUACUUCCGGGCAACGGCGUCCUCCGUUCUCCUACUGGUGCCGGAGGUGGCAAUAGCCAACGUCAGAGCGUCUUCGGCCAAUUGGCCAGUCCAAGUCUUGGACAUCUCCAGCAUGCGGGGAGAGCAAAUGGCGCUGACAUUGCUAGAGCCGGAAGCAAGAUACCCGAGGUGAGCACUGCAAGCCAUUCUGCCUUGCAGCGAUACACUCGCUGACGCUAUACAGCACACAGACGCCACGUUCCCUGCGAGGGCCUGCGACCCCUUCCUCAUCUUUGCGCAAUGGUCGUGAGGGCAGUCUGGCAGGGGGACUCUCGGGUGAAAGGGCUCAUCAGAAUGUGGCUAGCGCUUUUCGUUUCGCCGCACCCUGAUCAUCUGCCAAGGAAGCUGUCAACGGGUGGAUCUCGCGCAGCGGCUAAAGCGUCAUGAUUCGUGUG